CUCUUGCAAAAGCAAACCAAAAUAUUCAUGAAACUAUUGCUAAAGUUAAAAAGCUAAAAAAAGAAUUACAAAGUGCCGACAGUACUACAGAGGAGCUUAAAAACAAGCUAUAUAAUCCAAAUAUAGAGCUUAAAUUUAUUCUAUUGGACUGA